AUGGAAAUGUUCUGUUCCAUAUCCAGUUCCAGCAGGGUAAAGAAAUAUCUCGACGAAGUAACCAGAGAAUCGGUACUUGACAACCUCAACGAAACACUCGCUCCUCACUGGGCGGGCGCUAAAGACGUGUGGAACAUUUUUUUUCUUCACACUUUUCAAGACGGAUUCGACCGCUACUGGGACGUCGAGAGUUUCCGCCGGUUCCUUGCCAGUCAGCAUCGGGGCAUUGCAUCCCAGGAGACAGUGUAUCUCCUCUGGCGCUGUCUGCAUUUCUACGCGCAUUAUCCAUUCGCAUGUAGUUCUCGCGGGAGCAGGAUCGAUGUAAAGGGGUUUCAGCGGGCGAUUGCCCUCCUUGUCUUUCGAGCCACGGACUCACUAGGGAUGCGGGAGCGGGGGGAUCACGAUGAGGCGUCAUUUCGGGAAGCGGACUUUCGGAGAAUGCUUAAAUGCAUUAGCGAAUCCGCGCAAUUCUAUUCCGCGGAGAACCAGUGGGCAGUAGACGACAUCAUGGACGUGCUGGCUACGACACUGCCUCACUCAAGUUUGGCGCCCUCACACGAUGAGCUGCGAGAUGCGGCCGAGAGGAUACAACCUAGGGGUUUGAUCAGGCGUCGACUUUUUCGAGAUGAGUUCUCCCUUUUCGUGAGGUUACUCCUGCAGCUGAGAGUGUGGGAUGUCCCGGGGCCAUGCUUACCUUCUGGUAUAUUCGAUGACGAAUCCUCAUCUGCUUGUCAGAAACUGGCGGACAGUAUUGCGGAUGCGGUUUGUAAUGAAGACCAGACGGUCGAUGCGGGAAUCGUGGCAGAUGUUCUCCCGGGUCUUUGCGCACGAUUCUACCGCUUCUGGGGCGUUAUAUUCCAGCCCCGCAGUCUAAGGGAGCUGAUGGUAGCACCAGAGGAACGAUUACCAAAUUAUAUCCUGGCGGCAGUUUCUCUUUUGCUUCCGCUCGGCAUGGACGCCUCCGGGUCAACUGAUUGUAGUUUAAAGUUGCUGCCUCGAACGGAAGACCUAGGAAUCGGCCACUUGCUGCAACAUCUACGAGGCGAUCACCAUUCACAUAUUCUGUUGUUUACCGAUGCGACUUGUACAGCUGUGCUAGGGGCAUAUAUCCCUAAUAUGUCGAAUCAUGAAGCUGAGUCACAGUCCAGGAGCAGCCUGCUAGAGGGUAGGGGCCAUUUCCUCUUUCAACUUAGUCCGAGGUUCUCUCUUUUACGGUCGACUGCGCUCGUAUCAUCGCGGGAAGAGCUGUUCUACGUUGAAAGCCCCUCCACAACAAACCAGAGACAGUCACCUUCCUAUACGAUAGGUCAUGCAGAAGGAGGGGCUCGUCUGCGCGUUGAUCCACAAAGUCUGACAGUUACAAUGGUGACCAACCUGACGGCAUCAAGUGAAGAGAAAGAGAUCUAUACAGAUAUGUGCAGGGGCCAGGACCGAGAAUGGGAGCUCACAGUCCACCCUCCGCAACUGCAUAUACUGUGCAUGCACCCCAGCACCAGCGCGCGAACCUGGAACAGGAAUGGAAGCAAGGAGGGAGUCAGUGGAGAGGAAUUGCGAAACAGAAUUACCGGUUUUGGGUCUAGUAUCAGCGAAAGACCGAGUCUUACCGUGUUGGAACGGUGGAAUAGGUGGAAUAUUCGGCGUCAAUUCUAUGGUGGGACUUGCCCGUAG